UGUAAACCAAAUUCUCAUCUCCUUUUCAUAGUCUUAUCUUUCCCACUGCAUUGACAGGAACCAUACUUACAAUACUCCAAAUAUCUCUUUAAACCAAUCUCUUCUACAAACACUUCUUCUUGCACCAGAACUGAAACCCAAUUUCGUUAAACCCUAACCCCAUGGAACUCUCGCGUCUCUUUGUUUCCGACACGUGCUUCUUCUCCCCUCCGAUUCGCUAUUCCCCUGCGCCGGCACUAUCCACCUUUUUCGCCGUAAACCUCCGUUUUAACCAACGCCGGAGGAGGAGCUUUUGCUCUGCCUCCAAUCAUGAUACCUUACUUGCAGGCGGCGGUCCUGUAGUCGCCGGCGACGGAGAGAAGCACGAGGAGGACUUGAAAUCUUGGAUGCACAAACACGGCCUCCCGCCGUGCAAGGUUGUUCUGAAGGAUAAACCUUGCCACAAUGGUCCCCAUAAGCCUAUACAUUACGUUGCAGCAAAUCAAGAUCUUCAGGUUGGCGAUGUUGCAUUCUCCGUUCCUAAUUCCUUGGUUGUUACGCUGGAGAGGGUAUUGGGGAACGAGACUAUUGCUGAGCUAUUGACAACAAACAAAUUGUCCGAAUUGGCGUGCUUGGCAUUAUAUUUGAUGUAUGAGAAAAAACAGGGGAAGAAGUCUUUCUGGUAUCCAUACAUCAGGGAGCUUGAUCGUCAACGAGGUAGGGGCCAGCUGUCAGUGGAAUCACCUCUUCUAUGGUCAAAAUCUGAGCUGGACUACCUGUUAGGAAGUCCAAUUAAGGAUGAAGUUAUUGAAAGGGUAGAAGCAAUAAGAAAAGAGUAUAACGAACUCGACACAGUAUGGUUCAUGGCAGGAUCUCUGUUUCAGCAAUAUCCGUAUGACAUUCCCACUGAGGCUUUUUCAUUCGAGAUUUUCAAACAAGCCUUUGCUGCUAUUCAGUCUUGUGUGGUGCAUUUACAGAAAGUUAGUUUAGCUCGGAGAUUUGCUUUAGUUCCCCUGGGACCUCCUUUAUUGUCCUACCAAAGCAACUGCAAGGCAUUGUUAACUGCUGUUGAUGGUGCUGUUGAGCUUGCAGUUGAUCGCCCAUAUAAAGCUGGGGACCCGAUUGUCGUCUGGUGUGGCCCACAACCUAAUUCAAAGUUACUAAUAAACUAUGGUUUUGUUGAUGAGAAUAAUUCCAAUGAUCGUCUAAUAGUUGAGGCAGCUUUAAAUACUGAAGAUCCACAAUAUCAAGAUAAAAGAAUGGUGGCUCAAAGAAAUGGAAAGUCAUCAGUUCAAGUUUUUCGUGUAUAUUGUGGGAAGGAAAGGGAAGCUCUCUUAGAUAUGCUUCCUUAUCUGCGUUUGGGCUAUGUUUCAGAUCCUUCUGAGAUGCAAUCUGUCAUCUCCUCCCAAGGUCCAGUUUGUCCUGUAAGCCCUUGUAUGGAACGGGCUGUGUUGGACCAGCUGGCAGAUUAUUUCAAGACUCGGCUCGCUGGGUACCCUACAACAUUGGCUGAAGAUGAAUCUAUGCUGGCGGAUGUUAAUUUGAAUCCAAAGAAGCGAGUUGCUACCCAAUUUGUUAGGCUGGAAAAAAAAAUGCUGCAUGCCUGCUUGGAUGCAGCAACUGAUUUCAUAAACCAGCUUCCAGAUGACAGUAUAUCUCCCUGCCCUGCUCCCUAUGCACCUUUAUUAAAAUGAAAGGAACUGGACGUCUGUACUGUACAAAUAUAUGGAUUUGGUGAACCAGAUUAGACUUCUUGAAGUUUGAUUUUGGAAAACCAUGAUGCAUAGGACCAGGAAAUUUCUGAAUAAUAUGAUGGAUUUCGUAGGUCAAUUACAAUCAUAUAUUUGAAUCACAGCUCAAUGAACAAUGAUGCAAGAAUUCUGGAUUUAAAAGGUUACGGCUGUGCUUCAUUCCCUGGGUAAGUAAGGAAGCAUCAUUGCUCAAAUUUUUGUUUCACCUUACUGUAGUUGCACUGAUCCUUAUAUUUGAGUGUUGGAACGACAACUUCUGUAAAUGGAAACUUGAAUCACAAUAUCUAAUUCAAUUGUGUAUAUAGUUCUAUUAAUUUUGUACGUCAAGUCAUCUGAUUGUAGUUUACUUAAAAAAAUGUUUGAAAAUGUUAGAAGUCACAAAAGUUAUAUUACUGUAUAAUGUUACGAAUGUAGGGAUAGGCUAUUGUACUUUUCAUCUAUUCUUCCCAGAAACCAGCUAAUGUGGUUUUCACACGGUAGGCUUGGUUGCAGUUUUAUUGUCAGCAAAAGAAAAAAAAUUAUAUAUGAAAAACCAAAUACAGAUAA